AAAAAAAAAAAAAAAAAAAAAAAAAAAAUUCCAAAACUCGCAAUUAAUUACGUUCUCUCUAACGUCAUACAUCUCUCACUGUCUGACUUCUCUCCCAAAUCUCUCUCUCUUUUCUGGCUGUCUUCCUCGUCCAAAAGUCUUUGUUGGCUAGCAGUCUCAAAUUCACUCCCUCAGUUUUCUCCUUUCUAUGGCGGAGCGUGGAUCGUACGGUCUGAGUCCUCGAUUAGAUAUUCAACAAUUGUCAGUUGAGGCACAACAUAGAUGGCUGAGACCGGCCGAAAUUUGUGAGAUUCUACGUAACUAUCAGAAGUUUCGCAUUACAUCAGAACCUCCAACCAGGCCACCAAGUGGUUCACUAUUUCUAUUCGAUAGGAAGGUUUUGAGAUACUUUAGAAAGGAUGGACAUAAUUGGAGGAAGAAAAAAGAUGGAAAGACUGUGAAGGAGGCUCAUGAGAAGCUAAAGGUUGGAAGUAUUGAUGUGCUACACUGCUACUAUGCACAUGGAGAAGACAAUGAAAACUUUCAGAGACGAAGCUAUUGGAUGCUUGAACAGGAGUUGAUGCAUAUAGUUUUUGUCCAUUACUUGGAAGUAAAGGGCAAUAGAACUAAUAUUGGAGGCGUUCGGGAGACUGAUGAGUUUUCACAAGACCUCAGUAAGGCGAGUCCACAGAUCUCAAGCUCUUCCGCAAAUAAUUGCAAAGAGCCUUCAGGAAACACAGAUUACACAAGCCCAAGCAGUAGUUUGACAUCAUUAUAUGAAGAUGCUGAUACAGGUGAUAGUCACCAAGCAAGUUCUACAUAUCAUUCAUAUUCUGGGUCACCACAGCCACAAGUGGGGAAUGGUCUUCUAAUGAACAAUAUUGAUGUUAGUUUCUUGACGGGUCCUGCUGCAAAGAAUCAUGAAGGGCAUUCAUCAAUUAAUGGAGCAGAUUACAUGCCACAUUUGGAGAAAGAUAGACCCAUGUAUAAUGAUUCUCCUGGUUACAUUGUUGGCCAACAAAAGACACUUGGUUUGGGAUCCUGGGAAGAGAUCUUGGAGCAAUGUACCAUGGGCUUCCACACCGAUCCUGCAUGUACAGGAGUUGCCCUUGAACAACAAAAUAUGACUCUAAAUGGUCUGUCGGCUUGUGAUAGCACUGCAGAAAAGGAACUUGACAGUUCUCUGCCAACCCACUCUAGUUGGCAGAUACCUUUUGAAGACAAUUCAUUGCUCCUACCCAAAUUGUCGGUAGACCAACCACCAAAUUCGGAGUUGCCAUGUUAUCAGGAUGAUCUGUUCAAUACUCUUCUUCAUCAGCAAAAAGAGAAGCCUGCACAGAGCAACCUUCAAGCGCAGCUUCCAAAUGCAGAAUCUGAAUGUUUAAUCGCAUCAAAUGCCGAUGAUGAUAUUUAUGCAGAUGGAAAUAUGAACUAUUCUCUCAGUCUGAGACGACAACUAUUUGAUGGGGAAGAGGGUUUGAAGAAAGUGGACAGCUUCUCUAGAUGGGUCAGCAAGGAGCUUGGGGAGGUAGAUAAUUUGCAAAUGCAGUCAUCAUCUGGCAUUUCUUGGAGCACUGUUGAGUGUGGAAAUGUAGUUGAUGAUUCCUCAUUGAGCCCCUCACUCUCCCAGGACCAGCUUUUCAGCAUAAUUGAUGUUUCACCAAAGUGGGGAUAUGCAGACUUGGAAACAGAGGUUCUGACUACUGGAACAUUCUUGAAGAGUCAACAAGAGGUAGCAAAAUAUAAUUGGUCUUGUAUGUUUGGGGAGGUAGAGGUUCCUGCUGAGAUUUUAGUGGAUGGGGUUCUUUGUUGCCAUGCUCCACCUCACAGGUCUGGGCAAGUUCCAUUUUAUGUGACCUGCUCCAACAGGAUAGCUUGUAGUGAAGUACGGGAGUUCGAUUAUCUGUUGGGAUCUACUAAAGGUUUGGAUAUCACAAAUAUCUAUGGUAGUGAUACAGAUGAGAUGCUUCUUCAUGUGCGACUUGAGAGGUUAUUGUCCCUUGGAUCUGUGAAGCCUUCGAAGAAUAUCUUUAAAGAUGUUACAGAGAAAAAGGACUUGAUUAAUAAAAUUAUAUCACUAAAGGAGGAAGAGGAGAGUAACCAAAAGGUAGAUCUAACUCCUGAGAAUGAUCUCUCCCAAUAUGAGGUGAAGGAACAUCUGCUUAAAAAGCUGAUAAAAGACAAGUUAUACUCGUGGCUUUUUCACAAAGUAACUGAAGAUGGUAAAGGACCAAGUGUAUUAGAUGAUAAUGGUCAAGGUGCGCUACAUCUAGCAGCUGCUCUUGGUUACAAUUGGGCCAUAAAACCAAUUGUAACUUCAGGAGUUAGCAUCAAUUUUCGUGAUGUGAAUGGAUGGACCGCGCUUCAUUGGGCAGCAUUGUAUGGCAGAGAGCAGACAGUUGCAUUACUUGUCUCCCUUGGUGCGGCUCCUGGAGCAGUGACUGAUCCAUCUCCAGAAUUUCCUUUGGGAAGAACACCAGCUGACCUGGCAUCUGUUACUGGACAGAAAGGAAUAUCUGGUUUCCUUGCAGAGUCUUCCCUUACCAGCUACCUCUCAUCCCUAACAGUGAAUGAACCAAAGAAUGAUUGUGCUGCAGAAAAUUCUGGAACAACUGCUGUACAGACUGUUUCGGAACGGACAGCAACACCUGUGAAUUAUUUUGACAUGCCUGAUACUCUGUCGCUGAAGGAUUCACUUACUGCUGUUCGUAAUGCUACACAAGCUGCUGAUCGCAUACAUCUAAUGUUCAGGAUGCAGUCAUUUGAGAGAAGACAAUUAAGUGAUUUGGGUGAUGACGAGUUUGGAUUGUCAGAUGAGCAUGCUUUAUCUCUUCUGGCUACCAAGACAAGCAAAGCUGGACCAAGUUAUGGACAAGCUCAUGCUGCUGCUGUACACAUACAGAAAAAGUAUCGUGGUUGGAAAAAGAGAAAAGAAUUCCUAAUAAUUCGUCAAAGAAUUGUUAAAAUCCAGGCCCACGUAAGGGGACAUCAGGUAAGGAAACAAUAUAGAGCAAUCAUCUGGUCAGUGGGGAUUCUGGAGAAAAUUAUAUUGCGUUGGAGACGUAAAGGUAGCGGUUUGCGGGGAUUUCGGAAUGAUGCAGUUAUUAAGGAUUCACAGCCUGACCCACAGCAUAUGCCCUUAAAAGAUGAUGACUAUGAUUUCUUCAAGGAAGGAAGGAAACAAACUGAAGAAAGGUUGCAAAGUGCACUCACUAGGGUGAAGUCCAUGGUUCAGUACCCUGAGGGACGAGCUCAAUAUCGUAGACUGCUAAAUGUUGUUGACGGGUUCCGUGAAACCAAGGUGGAUGAUAUGGCUUUAAAUUCCGAAACGGCUGAUAGCGAUGAGAACCUGGUUGAUAUUGACACAUUAUUGCAUGAUGACACUUUCAUGUCUAUAGCAUUUGAGUGAGCCUCUUCCAUGUUUACUCUCUGAUUUCAUUCAACCUGUAAAUAGCUGGCCUGGUUUCUUCACAGUAAUUUGAAUGUGCUUACCUAUUGUUGCAUGUAAAUGUUAGUAUGUAAUCAGUUUAGCAUAACCAAUCAUUGAUGUUUGAGACAGGUUCUUUAGGUGCAUAGGAUAGACUAGCAAAUAUAUAUUUCAGGUUGCCCAUUUCAUAUUUAUUGUAGUUUGUCUUUUUGAGGCUUCUGAAGGGACGUGGGUUGAAAAAAGUUUAUAUAUGAAGUAAAUUUGAUCAUAUUAAUGUUAUUAUAA